CUCUUGCUUUACAGGUGUCAGCAGAACAUGGCGCCCAACCUGAACUCAGUCAAGACGUUUUUCGUUUUCUUGGGAAAAUCAGUGUUUGCCCUUCUGGAGGUUCUGGUUUUUGCCAUAAUCCCAAGGCCACAGAAGAAUGUUGCUGGUGAAAUCGUACUUAUAACAGGCUCUGGGAGUGGACUUGGAAGGCUCUUAGCCCUCAAAUUUGCCCGCCUGGGAUCGGUGCUUGUUCUCUGGGAUGUCAGCCAGGAGGGGAAUGAGGAGACCUGCAAGAUGGCUCAGGAAGCUGGAGCCACAGGGGUUUAUGCGUAUACCUGUGAUUGCAGCCGGAAGGAGGAAGUGUAUAGAGUGGCCGAUCAGGUUAAGAAAGAAGUUGGCGACGUUUCAAUCCUCAUCAACAAUGCCGGAAUCGUAACAGGCAAAAAGUUCCUCGACUGCCCGGAUGAGCUUAUGGAAAAGUCUUUCGAUGUGAAUUUCAAAGCACAUUUAUGGACUUAUAAAGCCUUUCUACCUGCGAUGAUCGCUAAUGACCAUGGACAUUUGGUUUGCAUUUCAAGUUCAGCUGGAUUAAUUGGAGUAAAUGGACUGGCCGACUUGCAGGAACUUGUUGUGACUUCCAUUUCCCUGGCAACUGACUUGACAUUAGCGGUGGGGAGGGGACAAAGACGUACGCCAAGAUCUUCGGUGAAGGCGGCCCACUGGGGAGCUGGUUCUAGGAGGAGCGGAAGUCCUGUCCCUCUUGGAGGCUCACCCACUGGAACCCUAACUGCAGCACUCAGUAGUGGACGGCCCAGCUGGCCGACUGGGCCCUGCCUAGUGCUUUGGAGCUGAGUAGUGUGGUGGAAGGUUCACAACACUAGCCUCAGCAAGUACGUCUCAGCUACGUGGAUAGGUUUCCGGAACCACCCAUCACCCAAAAUAUUAGCAGUCUGUACACAUCUCCCUGUACCCUGGAUUUCCCUUCCUCUGUCCUCCUUAGAAUUCAUCAGGUGUUAUUAUUACCUCUCUCGUACAUCUGAGAAAUCACGGGUCUUGAAAUCAUACAAGUGUAUUUACAGCUCGUCUUAAUCCUUUUCUUGGACACAACAUCUCUGUCUUCAGACGGACGUCUCUCCCACCCGUGCUCCCCUUAGGAACAAGUGUAAGCCUUUUGAGUUCCCACAGUGUGAGUGGUGGCUCCCCUGUGUCAGAACCUCAGAUAUGCUAUUUAGAAUGCAGAUUCCCUGGCCCUGGGCCGUACCCACACCUCUUCAUCUCGCGGGUCGAGGAGCUCAGAGAGCUGCAUUUCUACCAAACGACUCAGAUGAUCCCAGAAGCGGCUCAGGACACCCCCCCCGGCCCCUUCUUCUGUUGGCUUUCCCACUGUCUUGGGCAGCAGCGGGCCCCAACCAGCCCACACCUGGCACGUGUAGCCUGGAUCUUGCCAGCUGGAGGAGCUGCUUCCCACCGAAGCCAGGAGGUGUGCAUCGUGUGAGGCAGAGGAAAGGAUAAGUCCACCUAAACUCCUCUUCUCCCCACGUUUCCAUUUAGUAAAUUGAAUAUUCAGGUGUUUACUUGAAGUGAGCGUACCUGAGGACAGAGAGCUCAAAACUGACACAAAUACCAGUUUCCCCUCCCCCUGCACUUGAAGAUAACUUGAGCAGUUGAGGCGGAAGGGACAGAGUCCUUUGUUUUUUUUCUGGAAGUGGAAGAAUUAGAGUUGGAAGAAAAUUUGAUCUGAGUAUCAUGGCCCACACUGAUCUCCACUGCCCAGACUCCCACUUGACCUAUUAUUUUAUUUCUCCUUUUGUGUGUCUUCCUGCCCCGACUGGGCUGCAGUUCUUUGGGACAGGGACAGGGACAGGACGCACAUCUUGUGCCGCGUGUCAUGGCUGGCAGAGUGUCUGACCAUCACUAACACGGGAGUAAAGGCCGGCUGUGUGACCCGCCCCUCAGGAGGCUCCCCGCAGCCCUGCUUCUCCGCGAAUCCACGUGGUCAUUGUAAUCUGACCUUGAGGUGACCGUGGUCCUUCCCACUCACUCCUGGCCCCUUCCAGGUGGAGCAGACCAAGAUCAUACAGAAUAAGGACUCUGAAAUUGCCGUCCCAUUCUCUGCUGAUAUUCAUGUUACGAGGAAACCUUAAUGUAAUGACAUUUAAAAACUUUACGCUAUACGUUAGCAUCGUUUGUCUUU